GGCUACGCACGUUGGCCUGAUGACGUCGGCAACACCAGCAUCAUCGAUCCGAUACUCGCGGUUGGUACAUGCAUGCAAGAAGUUUCUAGCGACAGAUGCAACCCAAGCGUCCUCGUCAGACAUCUCCAAGUUUGUGCGAUGUGUCCAUCACGCGCUGAAUGCAAUCCAAGCCGACAACGCCCUCGUGAACACUACGUUCCACGACGACUUGCAUCUGAUCGAGGCCGAUCUCAAAGCUUUACACGGACCAACAGAUGACGAAUCUGCAUUUCCUACACAAAACGUGCUGCGGCAGCGACGCCAACGCGCGGUGGCCCUGCGGUCGUCAACGGAUACCGAUCCCAUCGGUGCGAUCUUAUCCCACGUGGAAGGGAAAGUAGUGAGCACAUGGGAAGACAAGAAGUUGAGUCUCAUGGACGACGACUUCAUGACGUUCUCCACCGCAGACUUCACCGUCGAGUCCGCAUCCUCCAAGUCGCCAUCCGUGCGCGCCAUUCGAGAUCAGUUGGGGUGUGUCCAUCUAUAUCUCGGCGACGACGACGUAUUUCCCAUGUGUAUAUUGCCUAGGCUUGUGCCAAACAAUCGGUCCGGCAGUUUGUCGGCGGCCAAGAGCGUCGAGGCCAAGGAAGCGCUGGAAAACGAACUGCAGGCGCUGUCGAGCCGACUAAAGCACGCCACGCAUGGCCUGAACCAGAACCUCAAGGAAGACGCGACCUUGCUGGACCAGGUGGCCGCCGACGCCGAAGCCAACCAGGCCAAGCUGGACACGGAGAACCGAAAGCUGGCUGUGCAUCGCCAGUCGCGCAUCGGGUUCUUCACGACCAUGUACCUCCUCGUGGGGCUCGGCGUCGUAUUUAUUGCCAUGUACCUGUUCAUGAAGGUCUGGUCCACGCGACACUACCCUAUCUUGUAACAUGCAUGCAGUAGAUGUACUAGUAGUAGUAGUACUAAUCAUCCGACACAAGGAAUAUAUAUAUAUAUGUACUUGAGCAGGAC